UCAGAGAGAUCAGCAUUUCUGGUGGUAUUAUUGCUGGUUUCCUGAACAGAAAUAGAGGAAACAGCAUCCCGUGUCGCCUAUUCCUCUUUAGAAUAGGAGUUUCGGCUCAGUUGGCCCUUACCGGAAAUUAGUAUCACCGCCGUAUCUCCCUCUUCCGCGAGUAGAAUACAGAGAUGUCGAAGCCUUAUUGGCUCGUGUCUCUGCCGCUGCAUGGAUCUAGGGAGAGCACGUGGGGAACGCUACAGGACAACAUUAACAGAUCUCUGUCCGACCUUCCUUUCUAUAAGCUCUACGUCCCUGGUCUGCGCGUGGGCACGCUAGACUCUCUCCUUGCCCUCAGCGAUGACCUCGUCAAGGCUAGUGCGCACGUGGAGGGGGUGACGAACAAGAUGCGGCGGCAGAUUGAGGAGCUCGACCGGGUGCAGGGCACCAGUUCCGGCGCUCUCUCAGUCGACGGCGUCCCUGUCGAUUCCUACAUGACCAGCUUCCAGUGGGAUGAAGCCAAGUACCCCUUGACCACUCCGCUACGGGAAAUGGUGGAGUCGAUCCAGGAGUCCGUCAGCAAGAUAGAGGACGACCUCAAGGUGCGGGCAUCAGAGUACACUACUGUUCGCAGCCAGCUGAGUGCAAUCAACCGCAAGGCUGGUGGCAGCAUGCUAGUCCGCGACCUGUCCAGCAUAGUCGAGGACAGCGACAUCAUCGUAUCGGAGCACAUGACCACGCUGCUGGUUGUGGUGGCCAAGUACUCCGAGAGGGAAUGGCUCGCCUCGUACGAGACCCUCUCCACCUUCGUGGUGCCCCAGUCGUCGAAGAAGAUUACAGAGGACAACGAGUAUGCGCUCUUCACUGUGACUCUCUUCAAGCGAGUGGUUGACACCUUCAAAGUGGCGGCCAGGGAGAAGGGCUUCCAGGUGCGCGAGUACGAGCACGACCCUGACGGCGCGCACCAGAGGAAGGAGGACCAGGAGAGGCUGCUGGAGGACAGUGCGUCCAUGUCCGCGUCGCUCCUGCAGUGGUGCCACGUGGGAUACGGCGAGGUCUUCGCUGCGUGGAUGCACAUCGCUGUCAUCCGCCUCUUUGCUGAGAGCAUCCUUCGUUACGGCCUCCCUCCUGCCUUCCUACCUGCUCUCAUGACCCCCUCCCAGCGUUCGGAGAAGCGACUUCGGUCCCUUCUGGAAACCUUGAGCAGCACAGAUAACAGUGAGCACUGGAGGUCGACAGAGAGUGAUGCCAGCCUGGCAGGGUUGACUGGCGGGGACCACGACUUGCAUCCCUAUGUCUCCAUCACCAUGAAUGUCGCACUGUAGACGCGACGAUCGGGCACUGUAGAUGCGUGCUAACGGAUUUCUGCACUGUAUAUUGUCAGCCUGGCCGGAUUGACUUCCGCCUUGCAGCCCAAUUGUCCACUGCCUGUACCAUCCUGAAUUGUUGCUCUGUAGAUGUGAUAUUUCUGCACUGUAGAUUGUGGUACUCUGCUGCAGUAGCUCAGCUAUGUUCCCCAUAUUAUUGUUGAACUCCUAACCUUGAGUUACAUGUGUAGAAGUGAAGCUACCCCCUUCUUCUGU